AUGGUGAAGCUCAAUUUUGUUGUGCGUAGUGUGGUGAUCACUCUAGCAUUCACGCUUUCUCUUUGUGAUGCUAACGACGACGAUGGUAAUCCAAAAUUUCAUAUUGUUUAUUUGGGCUCAAUACCUGAAACAAAAGCUUCUUAUUCUCCCACCUCUCACCAUCUUAAUAUGCUGCAACAAGUUCUUGAUGGUAGCAACCCAACAAAAUCCUUAGUCCGUAGCUACAAGAGGAGCUUUAACGGUUUUGCUGCCAUGCUCACGAAUCAGCAAGCGGAAAAGUUAACCGAAAUGGAAGGUGUUGUUUCAGUUUUCCCAAGCAAGACUCUCCAAACCCAAACAACAAGAUCUUGGGAUUUCUUGGGACUUCCAAAGGCUCCAAAAGGACAUCAAACAAUAGAGACAAAUCUCGUUGUCGGAUUCUUCGACACCGGGGUUUGGCCGGAAUCGGAAAGCUUCAGCGACAAAUGUAUCACAGAACCUGUUCCAAAAAAGUGGAAAGGUACAUGUGCAGGUGGCAAGAACUUCACAUGCAACAAGAAGUUGAUCGGAGCAAGAUUCUACACAGAGGACUCUGCAAGAGACAAUGAUGGCCAUGGAAGCCACACAGCAUCAAUAGCAGCCGGAAACGACGUUGACAAUGCCAGCUUUUACGGCAUUGCAGAAGGCACCGCGAGAGGAGCAGUUCCUUCUUCAAGAAUCGCUGCUUACAAAGUAUGCAGCUCUGCAGGCUGUGCAGACCACGGCAUCUUAGCUGCCUUUGAUGACGCAAUUGCUGACGGAGUUGACGUCAUCUCCGUUUCAUUUGGGGCUGCUGCCGCAUUGAACCUUGACACAGAUUCAGUUGCCAUCGGUUCAUUUCAUGCAAUGGCCAAAGGAGUACUUGUAGUCCAAUCCGCUGGAAAUGCUGGUCCUUAUCCUGGCACUGUAGCAAGCGUUGCGCCAUGGUUGAUAACCGUCGCAGCAAGCACCCUAGAUCGGCAAAUCGUUGACAAGGUCAUUCUUGGAAAUGGAAAAGUGUUAACUGGGAGGUCGGUUAAUUCUUUCAAGUCAAACGGAAGAAGAGUUCCUAUUGCUUUGAGCAACGGCAAUUCAAGUGAGUGUGAAAAAGAAUACGCCGAUAUAUGUGGGUGCUUGGAUAAAAAAUUAGUGAAAGGAAAGAUAGUUUUAUGUGACAAUCAUGCGGAAGCUGAACCCAAAUCUGCUGGCGCAGUUGGUACAAUUGCAAAAAUAGAUCUUGCUGAUCUUAACCUAGGUUAUGUCACUAUAAUGCCUUCGGUGUCAUUGCUGCCAAAAGAUUAUGACGUUGUUAAAUUAUACACAAACUCAACAAAAGAUCCAAAAGCUGAGAUUCUCAAGAGUGAGAGCGGUCAAGAUCAGAGUGCUCCUAGAGCCGCAGCAUUUUCUGGCCGUGGACCGAACGCUAUAAUUUCAGAGAUCUUGAAACCUGAUAUAAGUGCCCCAGGGGUUAAUAUUUUGGCUGCUUAUUCGCCAAUUGGUUCACCAACAGAAGAUCCUAGUACGGAUAAUAGAUCUGUGCAUUACAAUAUUCUAAGUGGAACUUCAAUGGCUUGUCCUCAUGUUUCUGGAAUAGCCGCAUAUGUGAAAAAUUUUCACCCUGAUUGGUCACCUGCGGCAAUUAAAUCUGCUAUUAUGACGUCAGCAAAACCCAUGAUUACGAAUCUGACAUAUGAUGUGGGAGAAUAUGCAUAUGGAUCUGGACAAGCCAAUCCAAUUCUCGCAAUCAAUCCUGGACUAGUUUAUGACAUUAACAAGGAAGAUUAUGUGCAAAUGAUGUGUAACUUAGGGUAUGAUAAUCGCAAAAUUAAAUUGAUAUCUGGAGAAUUGAAUCCGUGCAAGGGAGCUGCACAUCGAUCAUUGGUAAGAAAUUUAAAUUAUCCAGCUCUUACAGUUCUGGUUGAACCCAGGGUGCAUAUUAACAUCAGUUUUAGUAGAAUAGUUACAAAUGUUGGUUUAGCCAACUCGAGUUACAGGGUAAGACUCACAUCGAAACCAGAAGUUAUUAACAUCACGGUGAAACCAAGGGUUUUAUCCUUCAAAGCAUUAAACGAGAAAAAAUCAUUUGUAGUGAAUGUCAUUGGUAUGAUACCAAAUGAAACUGCGGUAAUCUCAUCAAGGGAGCCACUUAAAUAA